GUAGGGUUAGCUUGCUCUCAGUAGAGAAAGCAUGCAAUCAGAUACGCGUGUGCGGUGGGUCAUCCACCGUGGAUGCUAGAAAGCACGUUGAUUAUUCAUGAACUGUGUUUGGUGGUGUUUGAUUUUUUGUUCAAUCUUCGUGCGUAUCGUAUUCGACACGAUACUUUUGGAAAGCAUUUGUCAGCUUUGACUGUCAUGCCUAGGACGACUGGCCAAUUAAACCUCGAGUAGAAAUUAUAAGUAAUUUGUGGCAAUGUAUUGCUAUAUUUGCAAAGAAAAAGAUCAGGCGUUGACAUAUCACGUAUUUCCGAAAGACCCAAAACUUCGCACCAAGUGGUUGGCUGCAUUUCGAUUUAAAGAGAUCGAUAUUAUGAAAUAUACAAGGAUAUGUGGAAAGCAUUUUGAAGACACGUGUUUCUAUUAUAUUGAUAUAACACAAGAAAGGAAGAUGUUAAAGAAGGGAUCAAUACCUACACUUCUUCUUCGCAAACCAAAAAAAAGGAAACUAGAUCUCAGCAAAGAUACAGAUGACGUUAAAUAUACAAACAUUGCCAGUACUUCUGAAGAGUUACAGCCACAAAAAGAUUCUUCAACGUGUGUGUUCAACCCAACUAAUACAUGCGAUCCUAUUGUGUCAGUGAAAGAAGAAAUUGAAGAAAAAGUCAUAAGCGGUACUGAAUCUACUUGUUAUUCAAUGGAAUCUGCCAUUGACAUGGCAUCGACCAGACAAGAAUCACAAAUGAAGCAGCAGAGAUGGCGUCCAGCUCAUAUUUCACAAGUCGAUAUGGAACAUGGUUUUGAUACACCACGCCGUGCCAAAAGACAUUUCAACUUGGCAGUCAGUAAAGUAUUGUUAUAUCAGCGCAAAAUUAUUCGUAUUAAUCAGCAAAAGCGACGAAUAUUACAGAAACUUAACCGUUUGCAAUCAUUACUGAAAGAAUUGAAAGAUAAGGAUGUUAUAUCCAAAGAAGUUUUAAAGAUCAUACAGGUAUUUUCAGGGGUUAAACUGACUAAUUGUUCUACCAAGAACUUAAGAACGACUCAAUUACAAAAUAAACUUCAGUGA